AGAAAGUUGUUUAAAAUGAAAUUGAAAUUAAUAUUUUUCUCUUUAUUAGCAAUAAUUUUGCUUAUAAAUAAUUCUAAAUUAACAGUGGAUGGUGCAAAAAUAUUAGGUUUAUUUCCAUCACCAAGUAAAAGUCAUUUAAUAUUGGGUCAUGCGUUGUUAAAAGAUUUAGCAAAAAAAGGCCAUGAAGUGACUAUGGUCAGUCCCUUUCCAUUAUCAAAACCAGUUCCGAAUUAUCGUGAUAUUCCAAUGGCAGAUUUAUAUAAAGUUAUGCAGGCAGAUGACGGUGAUGCUAAAGGUAAUCAAUUUUUAACAAAGUACUCUGGUCUAAGUCCAAUAAAUAUCAUUCUAACUGUGUAUGAAAUGGGCUAUAAUAUAUCCAAAGCAGCUAUGGAAGAUGCCAAUGUUCAAGAAUUAAUUAAAUCCAAGGAAAAGUUCGACGUUGUUAUAUCAGAAGUAUUUAUGAAUGAGGUACUUUUCGCGUUUGCCGAUCAUUUUAAAGCACACGCAAUUGGAUUUAGCACAGUAGGUGCCACAGAAUGGACAAAUGACCUUGUAGGUAAUCCCAAUCCAUACGCAAUAACACCAGAAUUAUUUUUGGGAUUCACGGAUCGUAUGACAUUUUUUGAGCGCAUCAUUAAUGCAGGAACUACUUUAUUCAAUGAAGGUGUGCUUAAUUUUGUUCAUCUACCAAAACAAGAGGAUUUACGAAAAAAACAUUUACCUCAUACUAAACCAUUGUCGGACAUUUUAAACAAUGUUUCUUUAAUUCUACUAAAUUCUCAUCCAAGUUUGUCAAGCCCACGUGCAUUAGUGCCAAAUAUGAUAGAAAUAGGAGGAUUCCAUGUUGACCCUCCAAAACCUUUACCAGCAGAUUUGAAAAAAAUUUUAGACGAGGCAACAGAUGGCGUGGUUUAUUUCAGUAUGGGAUCAAACUUCCAAAGUAAAGAAUUACCUGAGGAAAUUCGAAAUGAAUUUUUGAACGCAUUUAGCAAAUUAAAACAAACUGUACUUUGGAAGUGGGAAGAUGAUAAAUUACCUGGACAGCCAAAAAAUGUUAAAAUCAGUAAAUGGUUUCCACAAUCUGAUUUACUUGCGCAUCCAAAUGUAAAGAUCUUCAUGACGCACGGAGGAUUAUUAAGCACAACUGAAUCAGUGGCACGAGGCGUUCCAAUGGUUGGCAUUCCAGUAUUUGCAGAUCAAAAAUUGAACAUGGCCAAAGCUGUAUCACUAGGUUAUGGCUUGAAAGUAGAUUUCCAAAAUAUAACAUCAGAAGCAGUUUACCAAGUUUUAAGUGAAAUUAUUUCAAAUCCAAAAUAUUCAGAGAAUGUUAAAAAACGUUCAGCUGUCUUAAAUGAUCGUCUUGUUCCACCUAUUGAUGAAGCAGUUUAUUGGGUAGAAUAUGUAUUACGUCAUAAUGGUGCUCUACAUUUACGCUCCGCGCGAAAAGAUUUAAAUAUAUUCCAAUACUUAUUAUUGGAUAUAAUUGGACUGAUUGGCGGUGUAUUAUUAUUAUUUUUAUUAAUAAUUUUAUUUAUAGUGAAAAAAGUAUUAUACUUAUUUAAGGCAAGCCCAAAGAAAUCAAAACUUAAGAAAAAACUUUGUCACAAAGUUUUUAUAUAUUUUGUGUUAACAAUGGAUUUAAAAAUAUUACCAUUGUGUUUAUUUUCCAUAAUUUUAUUAUCAACUCAAUAUGAAUCAGUAAAUGGUGCAAAAAUAUUAGCUUUAUUUCCAUCAGCCAGUAAAAGUCAUCUAAUACUGGGACAAGCAUUGUUAAAAGGUUUAGCGAAAAAAGGCCAUCAAGUGACAAUGGUUAGUCCCAUUCCACUGCCAAAACCAGUUCCAAACUAUCGUGAUAUUGUUAUAGAGACGGAUUUAAAAGCUGCAAUGCAUCCAGGAGGGGAAGAUAGCGGCAAUAAAUUCUUAACGCAAAUAAGUAGCGUAAACCCAGUUAGUAUUAUUACGGCCGUAUAUGAAAUGGGUUACAAUUUAGCAAAAGUGGCUUUAGAAGAUCCUAAAGUACAAGAAUUAAUAAAAUCUAAAGAAACAUUUGACAUUGUUAUACCAGAAAUAUUUAUGAAUGAAGUAUUCUUUGCGUUUGCAGAUCAUUUUAAAGCGCAAUUAAUAGUAUUUAGUACCGUGGGUGCCACAGAAUGGACUAAUGAUUUGGUUGGUAAUCCCAACCCGUACGCAAUAACACCAGAAAUAUUUUUAGGUUUUACCGAUCGUAUGACGUUUGUUGAACGUAUAAUUAAUACGGGAGUUACUUUAUUAAAUGAGGUUGUAAUGAAUUUUGUCCAUUUACCAAAACAAGAGGAAUUGCGACAAAAACAUUUACCGCACACAAAACCACUAUCGGAAAUUAGUAAAAAUGUUUCAUUAAUUUUGUUAAAUUCUCAUCCAAGUCUAUCCACUCCACGAGCGCUAGUUCCAAAUAUGAUAGAAAUUGGAGGAUUCCAUGUAGACCAACCAAAGCCUUUACCAGCAGAUCUGAAAAAAACUUUAGAUGAGGCAACAAAUGGUGUGGUUUAUUUCAGUAUGGGAUCAAACUUUCAAAGUAAAGAAUUACCUGAGGAAAUUCGAAAUGAAUUUUUGAACGCAUUUAGCAAAUUAAAACAAACUGUACUUUGGAAGUGGGAAGAUGAUAAAUUACCUGGACAGCCAAAAAAUGUUAAAAUCAGUAAAUGGUUUCCACAAUCUGAUUUACUAGCACAUCCAAAUGUAAAAGUUUUCAUGACUCACGGUGGUUUAUUAAGUACAACUGAGUCGGUAGCACGAGGUGUUCCAAUGGUUGGCAUUCCAGUAUUUGCAGAUCAAAAAAUGAACAUGGCCAAAGCUGUAUCACUAGGUUAUGGUUUGAAAGUAGAUUUCCAAAAUAUAACAUCAGAAGCAGUUUACCACGCUUUAAGCGAAAUUAUUUCAAAUACAAAAUAUUCAGAGAAUGUUAAAAAACGUUCAGCUGUCUUAAAUGAUCGACUUGUUCCACCGAUUGAUGAAGCAGUUUAUUGGGUAGAAUAUGUAUUACGUCAUAAUGGUGCACCACAUUUACGCUCCGCUCGAACGGAAUUAAAUAUAUUCCAAUACUUAUUAUUAGAUAUUAUUGGACUCGUUGGUGGUGUUUUAAUUUUAGUAUUAUUAGUGGUAAUAUUCAUUGUGAAAAAAGUAUUAUCUUUAUUUAAAUCAAGUCCGAAGAAACUUAAAUCUAAGAAAAAAACAAAUUAAAACCGGUUAA